AUGUCAAGCCGUACUGAAACUUCUAAAACACCAGAAUUUGGACUGUCUGGAAGAAAAAUCAUCUACGAUGAAGAUGGAAAACCCUGUCGUUCAUGCAAUACUUUGUUGGACUUUCAAUUUGUGACCGGCACUUUGAAGGCUCGGGGAAGCGGCAAUUCUUCUGCUUCACCAGUGGCGGAUUCCACUCAGUCUCCUGGCUCCGGUGAAUUAGCAGCUGGGGCCGCGACAGAUAUUUCAAAUACUUCAGCUGACCAGCCACUGUUGAUUCCUGGAUCUAAGACAUACUCUAAGUCUGGGCCUGCUGAUGUCGAAGAGCUAGGCCGUUCUUCUUGGACUUUGUUACAUACGAUAGCUGCCAAGUAUCCGAAUAAGCCAUCGGACACACAGAAACAAGAAAUGAAACAAUUUAUGACCAUAUUCUCUCAUGUUUAUCCAUGCGGGUGGUGUGCUAAGGACUUUGAACUAUUUAUAAAAGAGAACGCACCCAAGGUUGAUUCAAAAGACGACUUAGGUAGAUGGAUUUGUGCGGCACAUAAUGAAGUUAAUGAGAAAUUGGGAAAGGAGAAAUUCAACUGCGAUUUGUGGAAGAAAAGGUGGGUAGAUGGGUGGGAUUAA